GACUUGGACACAGAAGAGCAGAAAUCUAACAGCCUGAAUUGCAUUUCCACUACUGAGCAAGUAAGUUCUGCGGAGGAAGAUGAGUCUCCAUAUAUGCGAAAGAAGACUAAAAUGGACAGAAAACCACGGAACAGCCUAACAGCCAAAGAAUCAGUUUCUACAGACGGCGUGAACUCGCAUUCACGCAAGAGCACACCAGACACUGCUGCGUACACGGACGACAGCAGGACAGCAGACACAGAGAGUGAGCCAGAGGAAGGUGAAAUUACAGAUUCUGAGUGUGAAACCUACAGUGAGGACGAGGAAUUAACCAGUGAAGAAAGUAAUGAUUCAGAAGACUCAGAAAAUGAAGAGGAAGAAAAGAUCUGGCCUCCUUGCAUCAGAGUAAUUGUAAUAAGAUCACCAGUUCUACAGACUGGAUCGCUUUAUAUUAUCACAGCUGUGAAACCUGCUACCAUUGGAAGAGAAAAAGAUGUUGGACACACACUUCAAAUUCCUGAAGUUGGAGUCAGUAAGUUCCAUGCAGAAGUGUAUUUUGACCAUGAUUUGCAAAACUAUGUUCUUGUGGAUCAAGGCAGUCAGAAUGGAACAGUUGUUAAUGGGAAUCAGAUUCUCCAGCCCAAAACAAAAUGUGAUCCCUACAUCUUGGAGCAUGGAGAUGAGGUGAAGAUUGGUGAAACUGUGCUUUCUUUUCAUAUCCAUCCUGGCAGUGAUACUUGUGAUGGAUGUGAACCAGGACAAGUCAGAGCACAUCUUCGCCUGGACAGGAAAAAGGAAUCUUCUGUUUGUCCAGCGCUUAGCAAAGAAGAGAGAGAGUUAGUCAGAAGAAAAGCAUUAAAACAAAUACGGGUAAAAUAUGGUUUACAGAAUACAGAGUAUGAAGACAACAAAGCAGUGAAGAAUCCAAAGUACAAAGACAGAGCAGGAAAACGCAGGGAGACCUUUGGAAGUGAAGGAACUUUCCAGAGAGAUGAUAGUCCAGCUUCUGUUCAUAUUGAAAUCAGCAACAGCAACAAAGGGCAUAAAAUGUUGGAGAAGAUGGGAUGGAAGAAGGGAGAAGGCCUGGGCAAGGAUGGUGGUGGUAUGAAGGAUCCGAUCCAACUUGAGCUCCAUCAGAUGCAUGCAGGUUUAGGUGCCAGCAGACCAUCCUCAAUUGAUGUUCAGCUCAUCCAGAGCAAGAAUAAAAAGAACUGGGAUAAAGCAAGAGAGAGGUUUGCUGAAAACUUCCAAGACUCUAAACCACAAAAGGAUACACCCAAGAAUACACCUUGGGUUAGAGGGACUGUAGAGUAA